AACAAAAACCCAAUCCCCAAAUAACCUCUUCAACCAACUGCUGCUUCAACCCAAUACCCAAUACCCCAGAAACGCCAGCCACAAACGCCAUCCAAACCGAUCCUCAGCCCCAGAGCCACCACAACCCACCACCGACGCACUACACACCUGACACCGCCACUGCCACCACCAGACCCAACUCAUAAACCCAGUAGCUGAACCAAAAAAAAAAAAAAAAACACAAUCCAAUGGCAACACAGCACAGCCAAAUCCAGCCAAAUCAAAAUCAAAACCAAAAUCAAAAUCCUAAAUCAAAAUCAAAAUCCAAAAUCCAAAAUCAAAAAUCAAACCCAUCUGUUCUCGCAAAACCCAAACCCAAACCCAUCUGUUCUCACCGGCAGCGAUGGCGAGAGAGAGAGGGUCGCUCGUCCACCCAUUCUCCUCCUUCACGCGCCCUGACACACUCGGCGAAGCCACCGCUCGCUUCAAGCGCAACCUCGGUCACUUCCGCGUGAACUACACGUUCAUCGCGCUCCUCAUCCUCUUCCUCAGCCUCCUCUGGCACCCGAUCUCCAUGAUCGUCUUCCUCGCCAUCUUCGUCGCCUGGUCUUUCCUCUACUUCCUCCGCGACCGUCCACUCCUCCUCUUCCACAUCACCGUCGACGACCGCAUCGUCUUGGCCUUGCUCUUCAUCAUCAUCAUCAUCUUCGACCCAAACGCCAAACACCACCCAAACGCCACCCAAUCACCACCCAAAUUCGACCCUCACGCCGGAAACCCACGACCUCCACGCCUCCACCACAGCUUUUCUGAUCAAGCCUCCACGCCGUUGCCUCCAUUCCGUUGAAGAAGAGAGAGCAGGAAGAAAGAGAGAGAAAAGAAACAGAAAAAAUGAGAGAGGAGAGAGGAGUUUACCGGGAUAAAUGAGAGAGG